CAAGGGGCUCUGCUAAAAUGCGCCCCCACAUAAAGUAAAGUCCUCAUUUUCGGAUCUCCCACCUUUAGCAGAGACCAAGACCAUGUUCACGCCGCUCCAGGGCUCCAACUUCGCCGAUAACACACGUGCCGUCUGCAUCGGCAGUGGCCGCUUCAUGCGUGCUGUGCUGGUUCCAGUGUUCCGCGCUCUAGAUUCGGGUGUAGUGGUGGCUCAGACUCGUGGCACAAGCUUUGCGUCGGCUUGUGCUGCUACCAAGGGCAAGUACGAGGUGGACACCAUUGACUCGGAGGGACAUGUGGACACGACCGUCUUCGACCUCGAAGCGGUGGGCUCUCUGGGUGUUGCUGAGGGCCGUGCGGCGUUCCUGGAGCUGCCAGACAAGCUGCCACAGCUCAAAUACGUGGGCUUCGGCGUCACGGAGGCGGGACUGCAGUCUGGCACCCAAGUGAUCAAGGAUCUCGCCGAGUUCUUGCAAGCUGCCUUCAAGGCUAUCCCAGACAACGAAUUGUCCAUUAUCAACACGGACAACUUCCCGAACAACGGAGAUCACAUCAAGAAGCUUGUGCUCGAGCUAGACUGGGUCAAGAGUGAUGACUCCUCUGUAUUCCGUGGCUAUUUGGACUCCAAAGUGCACUUCCAUAACACGAUGGUGGACCGUAUUACGAACCACCGCGCUGGAGACUCAUUGGUGCCUCUCACCGAGCCACUACCGGCCAAGGCUAUCGCCAUUGAAGACUUGAAUGGAGCGCUGGAUGCUGAACGUCUCCGCAAGAUCCUUGGCGUCCACGUACGCACUAACAAGUCGGAGAUCGCCAAGGAUUAUCUACUCAAGUUCUCGCUGGGCAACGCUGUGAACUCGGCCAUGGUGUAUCUACUGGCACUCUCUCGUCAACGUACAGCCAACCAGUUCCAGAAGUUCCCUAUUAUCAGCGAGUAUCUGGAUGCUCUAUUCGAGGAGGACAUUCUCCCAGCUCUAAUUGCUGGCGAUGUGGCUGAACAAGAGGCCCGUCAGUUCUACGCCGAGUGGCUGGUGCGUAUGAAACACCCUCACUUUGGUCUCGACAACUUCUGGGUCUCUCAGAACGCAUUGUUGAGAGUUUACGUGCGUCUCCUGAACUCCGUUAACAUCAACGUUUCUCACGAUGAGAACUACCGUCCCAGCAAGUUCAUGGCGUUUGCUACUGCUGUUGCAUUGCGGUUCCUGACCCCGUGGCAGCCUGAUUCCAAGCGUGAAGCCUCCACAGUCUUUGUGGGUCAAAUGGACCCUAUUCAGAACGGCGCACCGAUCUUCUCGCUUACGGAGAAGACCUGGAACUACGACACGGGACUCACAGCUAACCUGUCUACUGGUAAGUACGAGUUUGACGAUGGUGAGAACGGCCGUGUGGCUCGACUGCUGUGGCGUGCUAGUCAACAUGUGCUUGAAGCUAGUAAGAGCAGCAGCAACGACUUCCCCAAGUCUGCUCGUGCUGAGUCUUCGUCCGAGGUUUCCAGUGGUGUAGGCGUGGCUGUUGCUAGUGUGCUCAGCUCCGUCAAGGGCUUCGACCUCACCAACGACGCGUACGCUUCCUUCGCUGCUGACGUCGCCGCUCUCUACCAACGUCUCGUGUCUGGCAAGCAGACAGCGCUGGAAACUCUUGAAGACGUGCUGCGUAACCACCACACUAGCGAGUAUCUCGCUACCAAGGAAGAAGUCGCCACUUUUGUGCGUGAAGCUGUCGCGAGUGUCCAGAUCGUCGACGUGCACACGCAUCUGUUCCCUCCGAGUCAUGGCAAACUCAUGCUCUGGGGAAUCAACGAACUCCUGACCUACCACUACCUCGUGGCUGAGUUCUUACAGACUGCACACAUGCAAGUGGAGGAGUUCAACUCGUACUCGAAGGAGAAGCAGGCUGGUCUCAUCUGGCAACAUUUGUUCGUGGACCGCUCGCCCGUGUCGGAGGCGUGUCGUGGAGUGUUGACGACGCUGCACUUGCUGGGUCUGGACCAUCUCGUGGCCAAGCGCGACCUCGCUGCCAUUCAGGAAUGGUUCAAGCAGCAAGACCCCGACGAGUACGUGGACACGGUCUUCCGUCUGUCUGGACUCAAGUACGCGGUGAUGACCAACAUUCCGUUCGAACCUGAGGAGGCUCGUCACUGGCUGGGAGAUCCGGCGACCAACACUCCUCCGCCUGUGUGGUCUCGCAAGUACUUCCGCUCGGCGUUGCGUGUGGACCAGAUCCUACUGGGCGACUGGGCGUCUAUCGGUCCGACUCUGGACGUAUUCAAGCUGCCGCAUACACUGGCAGGUGUCCGCACGUUGCUGGAGAAAUGGAUCGACAUCAUGAAACCCGAGUACUUCAUGUCGAGUGUCCCCAUUUUCUUCGAGUAUCCGGAUGAGAACGCACCCAAAUCUGCUGCUGGCGCUCAGCCGAACGGUGCCGAGUUGUUGCUGCAGGUUUUGUUGCCUCUGGCUGAGGAGAAGAAGCUGCCGAUCGCGCUCAAAUUCGACAGCGUGCGUCCUAUCAACGCUCGCUACGGUGUGGCUGGAGACGGCGUGAAGCCCAGCAACGUGGACAUCCUGAUCAAACUGUGCAACAAUUUCCCGCGCGUCAAGUUCCUGGCCACGUUCUUGUCGCGUGUGAACCAGCAUGAGGUGACGGUGACGGCCAACAAGUUCCGCAACUUGCACCUGUACGGCUGCUGGUGGUACUGCAACAACCCGUCGAUCAUCGAGGAGCUGACACGCAUGCGUAUCGAGAUCCUGGGCACGGCGUUCACGAGUCAGCACUCGGACGCGCGUGUGCUGGACCAGCUCAUCUACAAGUGGAGCCACUCGCGCGACGUGAUCGGCGAGGUGUUGGUGGACAUGUACGAGAAGCUGUUCGCCACGGGCUGGAAGGUGUCCAAGAGCGACAUCGAACGCGACGUGCAGCGGCUGUUCGGUCAGAGUUACGAAGACUUCAUGGCCAAGGAGAUGUAAUCCCAUGACCAAGACAAACUAGGUGUUGUUUAAACAAUGAAUUGCAUACCAUUGAGGCAUGAUAACAACGCCUUACGCUCCGCUGCGCUCUGCAGAAGGCAGCUUGGCCCAUAAGGCGAAGCUCUGCAAGAUAAUGGACGCCGCGACGGUCACGUUGAGCGAGGCGGUGCCGCCUCCAUAUUGCGGGAUGUAGACAAAGUCAUCGCAAAUGGCUACUUGCGCCGAGUUCAUGCCGCUGCCCUGAUACAGUUAGAUAAGCAUGCGUUAAUCGCUGACAACCAGCCAACUCUAUCUUAGUUGCACUCACUUCAUUGCCCA